CGCGUCGCGGGAGCCUCGCGCACUGCUCACAUGACGUUACCCAGCAUUCUGCGGGCGCCCUGACAGAAACAUCAAGGAAGAGGAUGCGGGUCGGGUAACUCCAUGGUAGCCUCAGAUAUGGAUUACAAGGUUGUGUUCGCAGCCUUGGAGACAGUUUGUGAAAACAACAUUUCUAUUUUUUGUGGGCCCACCGAUUUGCCGUACGGGGCCAUUGCCGGCCGCCUGGUCACUUGUAUGAGAGAGAUUCAGGAGCAUGGCCGAGCCCUGGAGCCCGUGAUUGCCAGUUUCACCGCCGUCUUCCACCAUUACGACUUUGAUGCACAAACGCCCGGGAAUGGCUACCGCACCCUGGCCAAGGUCUUGCUGUCUUGCCUUUUGCACAUCAUCAACAAGGGCCGCUACAUCGCCUCCAAUUACACAAGUGCCUUCUUCAGGUCGGACCACAACGCGUCUGAGAUGGAGGCGUACCGCAGCGCUCUGUGCCAGCUCCGGGCGCUGCUGCACCUCGCCCAGCAGCUGAUCAACGACAACGGCUUUGGCCAGCUGUACGCCCUGCAGGACGGGGACCUGAGCCGCCAGUUCGUGCAGGAGUACAGCUCCAUGCACAAGGCCUGCUUCUACGGCCGCUGUCUGGGAUUUCAGUUCUCGCCAACUCUUCGUCCAUUCCUUCAGACCGUUGUCAUAAGCAUGGUAACAUAUGGAGAGACGUAUGGUAAACAGCAGUCGGGUUUGGGUUUGGCGGCCCUUUCCCUCCUUACGUCGGGGAAGUACGUCAUUGAUCCGGAGCUGCGGGGCGCAGAGUUCGAACGCAUAACCCAGAACCUGGACAUGCAAUUCUGGAAGUCCUUCUGGAACCUCACAGAGUCCGGCCUUUUAGCAGGCUUCAGCAGAAUAGCCUCGUACCCGGUGCAGGUGAACCUCACCCUGACCUUGCCCCCUGUCAAUCUGCAACUCCCGCUGGCCUCGGACCCCAGCCUUACAGCCACCGUGUCGCCUCCGAUAGCCCACUGGGGCCCCGGACCAGUCCACAUGCGUCUGAUCUCCUGUGAGCUGCGAGAAGGACAGGAGAGCGAAGAGUUGCUAGCUUAUUCUCGAAGUGAUCCCCCCGCCAUCACCGCGUCCCAUCUCCCCUGGGUGCAGAAGCAGCCUCGCUCCCCCUGGCUGCUCAUCCACUUCCAUGGAGGCGGCUUCGUGGCCCAGACUUCCAGAUCCCACGAGAAUUAUCUGCGGACUUGGUCAAAGGAGCUGGGCGUGCCCAUCCUCUCUGUGGACUACUCGCUGUCACCAGAAGCGCCGUUUCCCAGAGCUCUGGAGGAAUGUUUCUACGCCUACUGCUGGGCUCUGAACAACUGUCAUCUGCUGGGCUCCACAGCUGAGCGUGUUUGCCUGGCGGGCGACAGCGCCGGAGGAAACCUCUGCAUCACUGUGUCCAUGAAGGCCAUAUGCACCGGCAUCCGAGUCCCCGACGGCAUCAUGGCCGCCUACCCCGCCACCUUGCUCACCACUGACGCCUCGCCAUCUCGCCUGCUCACGCUCAUCGACCCGCUGUUGCCUCUAGGUGUCCUCACGAAGUGCAUCAAUGCCUACGCAGGUGCAGACUCCCAGACGGUGCAGACGGCUGCGGACAGCGGCAGUCUGAGAGCUCUGGGCAGAGACACCGCAGCGCUGCUCAGCGAUCUCACCCAGGGAGCCUCCAACUGGAUCCAGUCCUUUCUGGACCCCAUGCGGACAACGGGGGGAGUGCGAUCGCUGUCGUCGGCGCAAAUGGGAUCCCUGAACGGCGCGACACCCGCUGGCGCCUCUGCGACAAACUGUGUAGAUCACGUGGAUUACCCAGAGGGCUUUGAGCCGCUGCGCUCCGACUGUCUGGCCUUUAUUCGCCCAACUACCUGCCCCGUAAUCAGGAACCCGUUUGUGUCGCCCCUGCUGGCUCCUGCCAGCCUGCUGAGAGGCCUGCCGCCUGUGCACAUAGUGGCCUCUGCUCUGGACGCCCUGCUGGACGACUCGGUGAUGUUUGCCAAGAAGCUGCGGGACAUGGGCCAGCCCGUGAGUCUGACGGUGGUGGAGGACCUGCCGCACGGCUUCCUCAGCCUGUAUCAGCUCGCCAAGGAGAUAGACGUCGCCGCGGAAACCUGCGUGGAGCAAAUGAGGAAGAUUUUUGAGCAAGGAGAUCUUCGACCAACGCUGUCAGAGACGUCUCAGAGUGGCAGUCGCUCAGGCUGAUUUUUACCCGUAGCUCGCUGGUCUUUGUUGUUGGUGGGCGAAAAAAAGCGAUCUGACAUAAUGAGAGAGGGAUGCUGUCGAUUUGAGAAAAAGGAAACAAGUCUUAUGAGGAUGCAUCAAGACCUUAAAAGUAAAGGACGCUUAGGGACACUGCACUCGAAACAUCCACUGCGCAACAUUUUUCUGUCAUAAGCUAUAAUGGAGAGAGACGCUUAAUACUUUCUUUACCACCUCCAAUGUAAUCCUAAAUGAUGACAAAAGAGGAAAUUAUGAUUUUGUCCGUCCCAAGAUUCACAUGUUCCAGAUCAAUACGCACAUUUAGACUAUUUCAGACUGACAGGAAGUUCACCAUAACCAGCCACUGUAGUUGUUUCUUAACUGAUGUACUGUACUGAUGUACUGUAUGUCAGUAAUGGGAGCUGCUGUGCCUUGAAUUUAAAAAAGCUGCUAAAGUGUGUGAAGAAAAGCUUUGCCUUCAUUGCUGCACAAGCUGACGAGGUUGCACUCUUAUUAUUAUAUUUAUUCGUUUACAAGUGGUAUGUGGACACGGUUUAUGAAAGUCACUCGCUAUACUGUAAAUUAAUUCUUAACAUUUGUUGAAUAUUUAACACUGUGUUAUUAUAUUUAAAGUCUGAAUUAAAUCAAAACUUUCACGGAUUGUUGGUGUUUCUUUCAAAUAACAUUUUAUUAGCAGCUAAUGGGAGUUCUGUGCAGCCACCUGAUA